ACAUUUGUACAUCUCCCUCGUAUUACACGAUCAAGCGGCCACCAGUUGAUCAUAUCCUCAACCAGACACUGUCCACACACACACAAUUUAAUAAUCACUACCUGUCGGAUCUACCGUUUGUCUGCCCGGUGUCGCAACGACGUCGGUAACUCCGCGUCGCUACUGACAGACACUCUGCUUCCAGCAGCUCCUCCUUCGGCCGAUAACUUAUCUCGCGGACUCGCCGUGAGCAGCGCGGACUGCACCGACUGUCGUCGUGCUUUGAUGACGCCAUCACUGGGACUUUCCGCAUACGUCACUCGGGGCUUCCGAGUUAUCAAGCUAGCAGCUCCGCAUCGGCGUUCAAGUCGCCGGACGCCGUCAACGUCGCCGCGUCGGAGAACGAAGUGAAGGAGACCAUGACCACGCCGGAGGCCCCCCGCGGCGCCGAGGGCUUCGGAUACUAGAGACGCCGUCGUCGUCGGGAGCGACGGUGCGAGCGAGCGGCGGGAUGUCAACAACGCGGCCUCUCCUCGGCAUGAGACGAGGCGCCGAGCUAACGUGCGCGGAGCGGCCGGGCGGCAGGCUCCCUGCGGCGGCCGCCCGGCUGCAGCAGCAGCCGCCGCCUCCGGCGGCGGAGGAGGAGGCGGCGGCGCAGCAGCAGCAGCAGCAGCAGCCCACCGUGGACGAGUUCACGGUGCUGGAGGACAAGGAGGCCGAGCUCAAGUGCGCCAGGCCUCGAGUGGAGCAGGUGUUCGAGGUGGCGUUCACCAUCAUCGGCCUGCUGGACCACACGGGACAGGCGCACGGCAGCAACACGUCGCGGCAGAUAUGGCUGCAGCUCAAGGGGAGCCCAGACGACGUGUCGAAGGCGAAGGAGUACGUGCGAGGACUCUGUGACCCAGAGCUGCACAAAGACGAGCGGUACCCGGUGGACAUGCACUGCAUCUUUGCCGGCGCCCGCGGCCUCUUCCUGGACCGGCUCGUGCGGGACACCAGCGCCGAGGUCCAGGUGCCCGAGCCGGGCCGACUGCGGCUGCUGGGCCGGGCCGAGUCGGUCGUGAUGGCCCAGAGCAGAGUCCAGCAGUUUGUUGCACUGUUCCAGGAGAAGCAAAUUCUACCGAGCGACAGAGAACCGGCGGUGAAACGAGCGUUCAAGUCCUUCGUGGAGGAAAGAGACGACAAAUACACUAUGGAGCUUCUUCUGCUGCCCAGUGCCCUGAAGGAGGAGUUACUGGGACUGGCUCACAGCCCCACCAGCUCAAACUCAUCCUCCCUGGCUCCGCUCAACCAGACUCUGCAUCCCGGCGUGGCCGAGGUGGACCAGGACCGCUCGCAGAGCAGCACCCCCGUGACGGAGCUCUCCAACCGCAUCUUGGACACCAGUUUUGAAGAAAGAGGUUUCGGGGUGGGAACGGCCGGCGGCGGAGCCGUUAAAGUGGGAGGCGGAGGAGGGAUAGGUUUAGGGCCAGAUGCAAUCCUGCUCAACGGCACUCGGCCCUCGCACAAGCGGCGCUCGUCCGAGAGCGAGACCCGGGACACAAAGAGACAGUACUCUCUGGAGAGGCGAGACGAGUCGCCGGAGAGAGCGAGGGAGCGUGAGCGACAGAGGGGUGACAGGGAGGGCCGUGGCGCUGGUAGCAGCUGCAGAUCCAAAACGCCCUCUGCCUCCUCAUCGUCGUUCUCCUCCUCCUCGUCCCCCUGCGCUAAAGCGAACACGGUCGGUCCGAUCAUGCUGGAGUCCAGCGAGGGCAUCUUGGAUGAUGGAGAGGCAGUGAGCCCAGAAACCAACCUCCGCUGCUUGGUCAACUUCUUCAGAACCAUGGGAUACCAGCAGGAAGUGGUGGAGCGCGUUGUCAAGGAGACAGGACAGACAGAAGACACCUUCCUCGUGCUGGAGAAGAUCGUCGAGGAGACCAAGCGUUGUGAGAAGGGCUCGAAAGGAGAAGCAAAAGAAAGACUGCUCAAUUCUAUGCGCUCCCCAGACACACCGUCGUCCUCCUCAUCAUCGUCAUCCUCAUCAUCCUCCUCCUCGACGGUCUCUUGUCUCAGAGAGAAGGAGCGCGAGCCGAGCAGAGCGCUGGUCGACCCGGGCAGGUCCAAAGAGAACAUUAAGCCCAACCAGCGCGGAAGCAGCAGCAGCAACGGGCUGGGGCACCGGAGGCAGUGCAGCGGCAGCGAGACAAGCACUCAGCAGAUCUCAUCUCAGGCAAUCACCAUCAAGAGGAGCUCCAGUGCUCAAGGCGGAGCGGGGAACUACGAGGUCAUCACCAUCGACGAUGACGAGGACGUCGUACUCAUGGAUGCCAAAACAGCGGAUAGUAGCACGUCGCGGAUGAUCGUGGCGCAACUCGAAAACCACUCGGGAUCCAGAACAGACUACCUGGCGCGGGGAGCGGGCGGUGGCGGCGGUGGCGGUGGCAAUGUCCCCCCACAGAGGGACUACUUGUCGAGGGGCGGGACUCAGACUUUAGGAGGAGGAGUCAAAGUGGAGACUGUGACAGCGCUGCGCAGCACGCCGCAGUGGCUGGCGGCCACCACCACCUCGCUGGCUUCAACUCCCAGUUCAGCUCAGUCCGGCUACCGGCACCCGGCCUCUCCUUAUCAAACCAUUGGCCACAUGGGGUUACACGGGGGCGGGGCCAGGGCUCCCCCUACGAACAACCCCCCCGCGCCGCCGGUGACCGGCUUGGCUCGUUUCCAUCAGUCGCUGAGGACUCCCUACACACUGAAGCUGCCGAAUGAGCCGGGGCGCCCCGAGCUCCGACACAUCAUCAUAGACGGCAGCAACGUGGCCAUGGCUCACGGCCUCCAUCGGUUCUUCUCCUGUCGAGGCAUCGCGCUGGCGGUGGAGACGUUCUGGAGACGGGGCCACAGGGAGAUCACCGUGUUCGUGCCCCAGUGGCGUCAGAAGAGAGACCGACUCACGACAGAGCAACAUUUUCUGAACCAGCUGGAAGACCUGCGGCUGCUCUCCUUCACUCCCUCCAGAGAGGUCUGUGGCCAGAGGAUCUCCUCACACGAUGACAGGUUUCUGCUCCACCUCGCUGAGAAAACAGAUGGGAUCAUCGUAACCAACGACAACCUGAGGGACUUUGUCGACACCUCGGACACCUGGCGCCGGAUCAUUCAGCAGAGGUUGCUUCAGUUUACGUUUGUGGAGGACCACUUCAUGAUCCCCGACGACCCCCUGGGGAAACGGGGACCUCACCUGGACAACUUCCUGCGUAAAGACAACAGGAGAACGGCAGUGACGCCUCCCCCACUGAGACCCCCGGAAUUCCAGCUGUCCUGCCAGCAGCAGCAGCAGCCGGUCUACGUCCAGGCCCUCCACUCUGCUCACCGGACCCCCGCCCCCUCCACGCCCCGGCCCCCGACCCCGCUGACGCCCCACUCCACGGCGCACUGGCCCCACUCGGGUCCCCCCGAGUGGCACCCAACACGCCGCUCCCCUUCCCCCUCGCCCUCGCCGCCGCCCCAGCGCUCGCCGGGGGAGACGUCGGACCUGAAGCGGAAGCUCUACGACAUCUUCCCUGACCAGAAGCAGCGGAUCGACCGCAUCCUCAGCGACAACCCGUACAUGAGAGACCUGAACGCCCUGUCGGGGCUGCUGCUGGGAUGAUCAGGACACACACAAACACAACACAAACACACACUCUUGCGAGGACAAUACAUACGUGCGUCAGCAUAACAUAAUUUAUUUUGCCAUCUCUUCCAGCCAAGAGGACAUUUAAAGUUUUUUUGUUGUUAUUAUUUUACAUUAAGACUGAUCGUCAAACUAGCUGCUAUUGGCAAAUAUAUAUAUAUUUUUGGGGAUGUUUUCCUUUUCUCCCCCCCCCCCUCCUUUGCUUUUCAAAGUGAUUAAUACAUGAGCAACACUGCCAUCUGCAAAAUCCAGAGUGUUUAAAAAAAUAUUUGCCCAAAGUUGUCAAGCAGCAAAAGUCAACAUUGUUCAAAUUGUUCACAUUUGUAAUAAAUCAUUGUUCGGCCCCUUUGA